ACACCUUUGGGCUGAAAAGCUUUGCUGGACCUGGCAACCCUGAUCACUGUGACUACAAUCAGCUGUCCAGGACCUGAUCUUCGUGAGAGUAACAAGCAACAUGGAUCGCUGGAAAGGCAGGGUUGCUCUUGUCACUGGAGCUUCAGUGGGAAUCGGAGCUGCAAUCGCAAAGUCUCUUGUCCAGCAUGGCAUGAAGGUGGUCGGCUGUGCCAGAAAUGUGGAGCAAAUAGAGAAACUGGCUGCUGAAUGUGUCAGUAGUGGAUUCAGCGGCACUCUGAUCCCAUAUAAAUGUGAUCUGUCUGUAGAGGACGACAUGUUAUCCAUGUUCUCCUGGAUCAAAGUUCAACAUCAGGGAGUUGACGUGUGCAUUAAUAAUGCAGGUUUGGCUCUCCCUGAGCCUCUAUUGAGCGGCAAAACCAGUGGCUGGAGGACUAUGAUGGAUGUGAAUGUCAUUGCCCUGUCAGUGUGCACCCGCGAGGCAUACCAGUCCAUGAAAGAACAAAAUAUUGAUGAUGGUCAUAUCAUUAAUAUUAACAGCAUGAGUGGACACCGGGUCGUCAACAAUGCUGGUAUACACUUCUACACCGCCAGUAAAUAUGCAGUGACGGCUCUCACAGAAGGUUUGAGGCAAGAGUUACGAGAGGCCAAAACCCACAUACGUGCCACAUGUAUUUCUCCUGGUUUAGUGGAGACAGAGUUUGCCUACCGACUCUUAAGUAAAAACCAAGAAAAAGCUGCUGCUACUUAUAAAAGUAUAAAGUGCCUACAAGCAGCUGACAUUGCAAACGCAGUGGUGUAUGUCCUGAGUGCUCCUCCUCAUGUUCAAAUUGGUGACAUUCAGAUGAGGCCUGUGGAGCAGUUGACAUAAACUGAACAGAGAAACUGGAGGAAGCAUCUCUGACAUCCUUAUCUUAAUAGCCCAUGAAUGGCAUAAAAUAUGAAAUGUAGAGCUGACAAAAGCCACAAGAAUGUCCCAUACAUUUUUUCUGCACUCCAAAUCUUUGAAAUUACUUGAUAAUAAUAAUAAAAUUUUAUAAAAAUAGUUUUGUAUAUAUUAAAAAGACCAAAUUAAUAUUGGAGAAAGUAUUUAAGAAGCACAGAGAGCACUUUGCAUCAAGUACUGGAUGCAGAAUCACUAUAAUUUAUUUUGCUUGACAUCAUAAUAAUUGACUUCUUGAAUGAACAUUUACAGAUCUGAUGAUGCUUUACAAAUUUCUGUUCAAUUCUGUGCCUGCAGUUCUGACCUUUAAUAUUUUUAAGUGAGAUGUUAACUAAUUAAAAAAGGUGUUUCUAUUUUCUUCUUAAAGUGUAUUUGAUUAAACUAACAAAUCACUACUUUUCAAGCGGUUGUGGUCUGAGGCACCGAGGUGGGGGAGGGGGAGGGCAUUGUAAGCUCCUCUCUGUGUGGUGUAAACAAAGUCUAGAAUGUUGUUUCCCCGUGUUGGAACACAUUCUGCAGUUCAGAUAAGGAAUAACUGCUUAUUUGAUUUACAUACAUCCAUUAUAGUUUUCCAGCUACUGGUUUUGCCGCUCAACAGUGGCUCUGGGAGAGCCAAACCAGCAUUAUUAAUGCACACGUCAACUCCCUGAUGUUGAACUUUGAUCCAGGAGAUAGAUUAAAGGGAUAGUUCACCCAAAAAUGAAAAUGGUCAACAUUUACUAACCCUUAAGUUGUUCCUAACCUUCUCCUGUUGAACAGAAAAGAAGAUAUUUGGAAGAAUAUGGGUUAAAAACUGUUUGAUGGACCCCACUGAAAAAAAAUACGUUGGAAGUC